CCGCCAAGGAUGCAGAAGGCCAUGAAGAUGAUCAAAGACGAAGAUAUGCACUUCAACUUGGGUGUGAAGAGCAGCUCUUCCUUUCCCCAUGGCCUGCAGCCAGUGGUCUCCCGAGGGAAGGCUCCCCAAAGACACCCCUUCCCAGAAGCUCUCCGGGGGCCAUUUUCCCAGUUUCGCUAUGAACCUCCUCCGGGAGAUCUGGAUGGAUUCCCUGGGGUCUUCGAAGGGGGUGGAUCCCGGAAACGGAAGAGCAUGCCCACGAAGAUGCCCUACAGCCACCCAGCCGAGGAAGCGUCCCUUGCACCCCACUCUGAGGAUGGCAAGAGCCGUGGCCCCCCGACAUUGCCUCUGCUCUUCUCGCCGCCGCGCCCCAAGUGUGACUCUCAGAUGAUCGACCUGUGCAACGUGGGCUUCCAGUUCUACCGCACCCUGGAGCACCUGGGCGGCAAGCCGGUCAAGCAGGAGCCCCUGAAGCCCAACGCCAUAUGGCCCCAGCCCGCGGCCCCUCCCUUCCUGCCCACGCCAUACCCCUACUACCCCAAAGUCCACGCGGGCCUCAUGUUCCCCUUCUUCGUGCCCUCCUCCUCCCCCUUCCCCUUCGGCCGGCAUGCCUUCCUGCCCAAGCAGCCCCCUGAGCCAGCAUUACCCCCAAAAGCCGAGCCCCAAGACAGCGAGGAGACCAAGCAGAAGGUGGAGAGGGUGGACGUGAACGUCCAGAUCGACGACAGCUACUACGUGGACGUGGGCGGGGCUCAGAAGCGCUGGCAGUGCCCCACCUGCGAGAAGUCCUACACCUCCAAGUACAACCUGGUGACCCACAUCUUGGGUCACAAUGGGAUCAAGCCGCACGCGUGCACCCGCUGUGGGAAGCUCUUCAAACAGCUCAGCCAUCUGCACACCCACAUGCUCACGCACCAGGGGACGCGGCCCCACAAGUGCCAGGUGUGCCACAAAGCCUUCACCCAGACCAGCCACCUGAAGCGUCACAUGAUGCAGCACAGCGAGGUGAAGCCACACAACUGCCGCGUGUGCGGCCGGGGCUUCGCCUACCCCAGUGAGCUCAAGGCCCACGAGGCCAAGCAUGCCAGUGGGCGGGAGAACAUCUGCGUGGAGUGCGGCCUCGACUUCCCCACCCUGGCCCAGCUGAAGAGGCACCUCACCACGCACCGGGGCCCCAUCCAGUACAACUGCUCCGAGUGCGACAAGACCUUCCAGUACCCGAGCCAGCUGCAAAAUCACAUGAUGAAGCACAAGGACAUCCGGCCCUACAUCUGCUCCGAGUGUGGCAUGGAGUUCGUGCAGCCCCACCACCUCAAGCAGCACUCGCUCACCCACAAGGGCGUGAAGGAGCACAAAUGUGGGAUUUGUGGGCGAGAAUUCACCCUGCUGGCCAACAUGAAGAGACAUGUGCUGAUCCACACCAACAUCCGUGCCUACCAGUGUCACCUGUGCUACAAAAGCUUUGUGCAGAAGCAGACCCUCAAGGCACACAUGAUCGUCCACUCCGAUGUGAAGCCUUUCAAAUGCAAGCUGUGUGGGAAGGAAUUCAACCGAAUGCACAACCUGAUGGGUCACAUGCACCUGCACUCGGACAGCAAACCCUUCAAGUGCCUCUACUGCCCCAGCAAGUUCACCCUGAAGGGGAACCUCACGCGUCACAUGAAGGUCAAGCACGGAGUUAUGGAGCGGGGCCUUCACUCUCAAGGUUUAGGAAGGGGGAGAAUUGCCCUGGCACAGACUGCGGGUGUCCUGAGGAGUAUGGAGCAGGAGGAGCCCUUUGACCUGUCCCAGAAGCGUGGGGUGAAGGGGCCGCUGUUCCAGUCGGACGGGGAGAGUGCCCGGGGCAGCCCCUGCCAUGAGGAGGAGGAGGAUGAUGAGGACAACUGCUGCGAGGUGGAGCCCCAAAGCCCCAGCCUGGCCCCCCAGAGUCAGCAGCUCUGCACACCCCAGGAUCUGUCCACCAAGCCUGAGAUCCCCAGCCAGGAGCUAGGAGAAGCUCGCAAGGAUGGGAAGGAGGCUGAGCCCCCAGAAGAACAGGAGGAGCGGAGCAAGGACGACCAUGAGGCACGGGCAGAGGGUGGCCAGGAGAGAGACUGUGCCCGCAGAGACGCGUGCAUGGGUCUGGGGUUUUUCCAGAGCACCCGGCGGGGCCCCUCUUUUUCUGAUUACUUAUACUUUAAGCACAGAGAUGAGAGUUUAAAAUUACUGGAGAGGAAAAUGGAAAAACAAGCAGUGCUCUUGGGUAUCUAAGUGGAUAGUUUUUAAAUUGCAUUUGGAAAAUGAGAACUAGGCAGUUCAAAUACAGCUUUCUGCAUGAACUGUCAUUUGCUGAGGACUGGCAAGUGCCACCAAUCUUUACAGAUAGCUCAGACUAAAUGAGCAGGAAAUAUAAAUCCUUCUCAGGUCAUUCCUUGGGCCCUUCAUACUUUUAACACACAGGCAGUGUCUUCUCCUGUGUUAUUUUAUACAUCACCUAUGUAAUAAACUGUGCGUAUUCCUCUAGAUAUCUAAUUGUAAGCUCAGGUGCUUCUAGAAAUUCUGUUUUCCUGUGACUAACGUCCUGCCUCACAUGGUAAACUUCCUUUUAGCUGAAAAACUAUGGUGCUUGACAUACUAGCUGAUUAAUAAUUAUUUAGUUGAACUUGUGAAAGUUACAAUAUUUUGCUAGAUGAAAAUAUUAGUAGUUGUAUAUAUAAAAAUAGCCUUUAUUAAAUAAUACAAAUACCAGAAAUGCCACAGGAGGCUGAGCUAUGGAAAAGGAUAUUCUCUAGGAGUUGCCGUAGAUGUAAGAUGCAAUUUCGGAAGGUGCAUGGUUUUGACAAAGGGAAAACCAGAAAAACUUAGAUCCUCCUUGGGUCUCUUGUUCUGCUUCAGCUUCCUUGGUCCGGUGGGGUAUUGGGAGCAUAUUUGCAGAUGACUGGACAAUGCUCAGGGGUCCCAGCUCUUCAGAGUGACCCCUCAGGUCCUGAGCGGAGCUCCCUCCCACAGAGCCUUGCUUUGAGGCCUCAGCCCUUGCAAGUGGCGGCAGAGAGAGUUGUCCCAGUGAGCAUGGGUCUCUCCUGGGUGCUGGAGCUCAGGGAUGAGUGGAGGAAUUCUUCUUGAAACAAGCUAUGUUUAUUUGAGGGAUUCGAAAAUUCAUCAGCCAAUGACUACAAAAAGACCUGGCCUGUGCUCUCAGUGCUGGUGCAGAGACUCACUCGGGGGGAGCCUUUAAGGAAAUACCCUGAUUCUGGUUUCAUUUGCCAUAGUGACUGUGAAACCAGCAUUGGUAACUUCCAAAUUGCCCCAGGUGCCUCUGUGUACAGCCUCAGCUAAGAAAGAUCCACUGGGUUCCAAUAACCCUCACUCAUUUCUAUGUCACCUGUGACACCUCCCCUCCCAUGAUCCCCUCUCAGGGACACUACAGAUAUUCUGAUUCUGGCUUCAGAGUCACUGAGUUAGAGGAUGGAAGCCUGCAUUCAUAAUGCUGACUAAGGUCUUUGUACCUGUUCUGUAAGAGCCUGGGGGUGGGGUGAGCACACAUAUACACACUCCAUCUAGAUACACACAUGUUAUACAAGACAAUGCCUGUGAUGUUCAGUGGCUACUUAGUAGGUUGAAAAGUGCAUAGUGACAAUGGUGGCUUAUGGUGACUAGCUUUUCCUGCCCACUUGUUAGAGCCUUGAGGACUAUGAUGGGUGGGCUGGGCCCAUUGGGUAGGCCUUCUUAGGCACUGGCACAGAACAAAGAGAUACUGAGAAGUUGCUGCAAAUGUGAGGCUGUGACCCUUGGGAGGUACAGCCUCUUGGUUGGGAGUUUCAGCACUUGCUGGUAGAGCUGGGUACUGCUGAUUACUUUGCUUCCUCUUCUCCCAAAC